AUAUUGAUUUCGAAUUGUAUCGAUGAUCAAAGAGGAAUCGAUCUAUAAUCGAUAUUCGCAUAUCGAAAAUAGAACUGCUUCGCGCUUUUUUCGAUUCUGAAGGUCCGAAAAAACAAACGAUGAAUAACACAACCUAAAUUAAAACUUGUAUACAAUAUUUUUUAAUCGUAACUGAAACCUCUCAAAAUUCUCCGUGAUUUUACUCGCACAAAAUUACCAAGUAUGUUCGGACGACAAAUCUUUUUGGACUCGAUGGCGAAUCAACAACAGCAAAGAAGACGGAACGAACUCCUUCGGCAAUUUUUAGAGAACCAAAGGCACGAAACACCGUUCACAGAAUUAGCAAUUCCUUCUUUAAGAAACGAUGGACUGACUCUUGACUUAAAUUUCAUCCUCCUCGAGGAUGCAGAUCGCGUUCAACCAAAUGAAAUGUGUCUUCGAACAAAUUCAAGUAACCGUCAUUUAUUGGAAUAUAUAAGACAAAUGGAAGAAAGAUACAUAGCCAUGGAAAAGGAAUUGACCAGGACCAAGAUGUUAAUACAUACAAUACCGCGAAAUACCAAAGUCAUACAUCAAAUGUCCCAAACAGACAUAGAUUGGGAAAAAUUUUCUCUCGUGAACAAGUAUUUAUCCGGAUCUCCUUUGGGAAAUCAGUGUAAAAAGAAUGAAGAAAAGACGAACGUUUCGUUUAGAAGAAAAAAUCAUUCUACGAAGAAAAAUAAAGAUAGCAACGGUAAAACUUUCGGCGAUAUAGAUUGGACAAAAAACAAAAGCUUCUCCCAGAAUCCGCAGAAUGACGUUUACCCAAUAAAAGAAGAUUCUGUUAAUCGCUUGAAUCUUAUUUGCGAUAAAGCAUCGGUGGAAGUAUGCCAAAGGCUCGACAAGAAACAUGAACCGGAAACGUCGUCCCAUACCGGCUUCGACGUUAAACACGAAGAUCAUACGCAGGCCGGUUGCACCGUAAACACGGCUGAAUUUCGACCUAUAAUGGGGCCGAAGUUUAGUAACGAUGUUCCUGAACGAAAAUCUGAAAUGUAUCAAUCUACCUCGAAUCGAUCAUCGAAUAUCCGUUACGAAGAGAGAAAUACGUUGAAAAGAAUGAAGAUUUUCGAAAAUCCAAAUUUGCACCGUAAAGAAAAUUCUCACGUAGGUCAAACGUAUCAAAGUAAUCGUAAUCAUUGGAACAAUCCAUGGAAGAAAUUGAGCUACGAAAGGACGCGUGCCGUGAACGAUCCCGCGAGAAAUUUUACUCGGUUGGUGCAAAAACAGAGGAAAGAAACGCAUAAGAAUGUACCAACUCCGCGAAGUAACGUUCACACUGCUUAUACUCCUAUGGUGCAACCGUCCACGUGGAAUCCCAUGUUAGACACUAACGGAUUCACGAUUCAAUUACUAAGACUGGCGGUGUUGCUUUACGCUCCAGCAUUGAUGCCAGCCCUAAAUUCGCUAAUCGCUCGGCAAAAUGCUCAAACCUCGAUUCCUAUCCCGUGUACGGAAGGUUCGAACGAUUUAUUAACUCAGGUAUUCACGAUUCUGAACAAUCAACAGUCCGUCCCGAAUUUACCUUACGUGUCGAGUACCAGGACCGAGGAGAACACGCAGUUUCCGGUCGAAUCGACUUCCAGGAAUUCACCGUCAAAUUCGGAAAAUAUCGGGAAGGAAGUAGAAGAGGAGAGCUGCGACACGAGGAAAGAAUUCGAAAAGAAUACGAUCGCUGUUAACACUUCCCUCGAGAUGUGCACCUGUGCUAACGCGAACAAAUCGUCCCCUGAAUGUAGCCAAAGUACCUUGCACGAGCAACCGGAAGUAGACGAGGAAAAUCCUGUGAAGAUUUGAAAAUGACAGACGGAAUAUUAUUUCGAGAUAGCAUAAUUGAUGGCUAAUAGAUCGGGGGGGGGG